GCGCAUAAAUGAGGUAGGAAAACAGACUGCUUGGUCAUGAAUGCCCAGUAUUCAUUCCCUUCUCGAUAGUGAGUCGAGAGUUGCGCCAGGUUGGUAGAGGAGCUUAAGGAGAAGUGAACGCGGCUUUAUCGUAUGAAACUUCCAGCGCUCUCUUGCGGACUACGUGUGACUUCCUGAUUGCAACUUGUGAACACGUGCCUGCAACCUGCCCAAGCAGGACUUGUCUCUCAUAAACGACAACGGUCACUGACAUUCUAGAGCAUCGUACAUCUAAAGCGGGUAGCUUCGCACUUUCGUUGCAAUGGAGACCGACGUGGUGUCGCAUUGCGUCUCACUCUUCCUUCCAUACACCGUUGCCUUUCACGAUGCGGCUGCGCUAGAAGAGACAGCAGAGACCGUACUUCAAGCGGUGGCGAACCGGUCUCGCACCGGCUCGAACGGCGAGCUGGCUUCGAAACCGUCACAGGCGAGUCUGUUGAAUGGGCCUACAGCGCCAUUGACGCCGGGCAUUCAGACCACUGACGAUCUCUUCCGCACCGACUCUUUGCCAGAUGCGACGAAAUUACAUUUUGCCAAGCCUGGAGACCCUCGCUCACUCGUGCGAAGCGACGUUGGUGGGCCUGACUGGGGAGCACAAGCCAUCUUCAAUCAGCCAACGUCGACUGCUGGACCGCUUCCCUCUGGUUCAAUCCUAGACUUUGCUCAAGUGCAUGAGGAACUGGAAAAGAAGCGACAGGAGGCACGAAAGCGUGUCAAAACCUCAUCGCCGCCAUCACGCGCCUCCCGUGCCGGCAGCCAUGACCGCGCUUACGACGGUAAGCAAUGGACCGUGGAGCCUGGACUGCAAGGUAAUGGUGGCCUGUCCAAUGCCAUGCGCGCCCUCGUCGACAUGGGUGAGGUUAACAUCAGCUGGAUCGGGACCAUCGGCUUCCCCACUGAUGUGUUACCUGUGAGCAUCAAGGAAGAUAUUUCGGACCUGCUCUCCACGAACUACGACUCGCAAGUCGUGUACGUAAGCGACAAGGACAUGGAUGGUCAUUACUCGCAUUACUGCAAGACCAUCCUCUGGCCAAUCUUCCACUAUCAGGUGCCAGAUCAUCCGAAGAGCAAAGCCUACGCCGACCACAGCUGGGAGUUCUAUAAGACCGUCAACCAAGCGUUCGCAGACAAGGCCAUAGCAAGUUACAAGCGUGGCGACAAGAUUUGGGUCCAUGAUUACCACUUGCUGCUCGUUCCACGCAUGAUUCGCCAGAAGUUACCCGAGGCGCAGAUCGGCUUCUUCCUACAUACGGCGUUUCCAUCAUCCGAGGUGUUCCGCUGCCUCUCGACACGUACGUACCUGCUUGAAGGCAUGCUCGGCGCCAAUCUCAUCGCCUUUCAGACGGAGGAGUAUGCGCACCACUUCCUGCAGACUUGUAGCCGCUUGCUCACGGUUGAAACCACUGCGGACGGUGUGCAGCUGGAGGAUCAUUUCGUCAAUGUCACAAACCAGCCAAUCGGCAUAAAUCUACAUGCCAUGGAAGUGGCUCGCAACGAGCCGGAGGUGCAGGAGUGGAUGAAGGUCGUCCAGGAGCGCUACAAGGACAAGAAGAUCAUCGUCGCCCGCGACAAGCUCGACAAUGUCCGUGGCGUCCGUCAGAAGUUGCUCGCAUAUGAGCUGUUCCUCAACAAGUAUCCGGAAUGGCGGGAGAAGGUUGUGCUGAUACAAGUCGCAACGUCAACGAGCGAGCAGUCAGAGCUCCUCACGACUGUCUCCGACAUUUGCAGCCGUAUUGACUCGGUGCAUUCCACGCUUGCUCAUCAGCCACUGGUGUUCCUGAAGCAAGAUAUCGGAUUUUCGCAAUAUAUGGCCCUCCUCUCCAUUGCCGACGUCCUAAUGAUCACCGCAUUGCGCGAUGGCAUGAAUCUGACCGCGCACGAGUACGUCUUCUGCCAGGAUGGUAGGGCGCCAAUCGGUAACAAGAAGUAUGGUCCACUCAUCCUAAGCGAGUUCACUGGCAGUGCCGCAGUGUUUGGCGGUGCACAGAUCUCUGUCAACCCUUGGGACUACCAACAGCAAGCCGAUGGGAUCAAGAAAGCGCUUGAGAUGGACGACGUGACGAAGGAGAGCAGUUGGAAAGCCUUGAACAGGAUCGUGACCACGCAGACCGGAGGUCACUGGGCCAGAGCAUUGAGCGAAGCUCUAGCAAAGGUGUACGACGAGCAUGCGACGCGGGCUAGGACAUCAGUGCCGCGUCUAUCGGUGAACAAAGUGACGGAGAAAUAUAAAGAAGCGGAACGCCGCGUCUUCAUCCUUGAUUAUGAGGGGACGCUCGCACCACAUCGAACCAACACCGGCAUGCCCUUGUCAUCACCGCAACGCAUACUCGAUGCACUCAUGGAGCUCAUGGCGGACUCCAAGAACAUCGUGUACGUCAUGUCCGGUCGCACACCCGAGGAACUGGAGAGCAACUUCCGUGUCCUGCCAUCACUCGGUCUUAUUGCGGAGAACGGCUGCUUCUUGCGUGAGUACGGUAGCGAGGACCACGCAUGGCAGCGCUUCACCGACGAAGAGGAGACUGCCAAGUGGAAAGACCAGGUUCGCAGCAUAUUGAAAUACUACGAAGAUCGUCUCGAGGGCAGCUAUAUCGAAGAGCGUCACUGCAGUCAGUUCUUCCGCUACGAUAAGUGCGAAGACCAGGAAGCUGCGAUCCGUUUUGCCGGUGAAUGUGCAGACCAGAUCAACACCGCCUGCCGGUCUAUGGGUAUCCACGCCGUACCUAUCGCCAAGGCAGUCCUAAUCGAGCAGGUCGGAUUCAGUAAGCGUACGGCGACAACUCACCUGUUCGAUCAGCUACGCGAGCGUGCUAUUGCUCGUGGCUUUCAGCUUCCAAGCUUCCUGCUGGUUGCCGGCGAUGACCGCGAGGACGAGGUGGUCUUCCAGUGGGCUAACGAGCUGGCGAAAGCGGGCACAAUCCGCGAUGUCUUCACCGUCUCCGUUGGCAAGCGCAACACAGUCGCUCAAAAUACGCUCACGCAAGGCACUACAGGUUUGCUCACUACGCUGCAGAAGCUUGCGAAGGCUAGCACCGAGUCGAAUCCGGGUGACUAUUUCAAUCGCGGAAGGGGGCAAGGGAGUGCGUAGAUGAAGUUCGCAGGUCAAGUUCGCAGGUCAAACAAGCGCUCAAGUGUACGCGCAUGAUGGCAAGGAGCAAGCGUAGGGUGCGUUAUGGCGUUCUAAUACCCGAGAGGCACAGCCCUCGUUAUGCUUUAGGUCAUGUCUCUACUCCCGAC